UUCACCAUUACACAUUAGCCUCGCGUCUCGGGAAAGCUUACUGCCAACGGCGACUGACACAAGCGUAUACGUAGACCCUGCAUAUACGUUUCGGAAGAAAUGUCAGAAACUGUGACUGUCGGUGUAAAACAAGGGGACCUAAGGGGUCGAAAAGUCAGUACUAAAUCUGGCCUUCAGUACUACAGUUUCCAAGGUAUUCCUUACGCUAAGCCACCUGUUGGAAACCUCAGAUUCCAGGCCCCGCAACCUGCCGACCCAUGGCCGGGUAUUCGUGACGCCCUUGUCGAAGGCGCCGUUUGUCCACAACUCGAUGAUCUGCAGGGCUACUUUUAUAUAGGACAUGAAGACUGCCUGCUCCUCAACGUGUACACAUGCCAGCUGCCAUCGUCAGGUCUCAGCGAUUAUAAAGCCGUUAUGGUGUGGUUUCAUGGAGGUGGUUUCGGCUUUGGAUCGGGUAACACAGAUUUCUACGGACCAGACUACUUGCUGGAAGGGGGCGUGGUCCUUGUUACUGUAAACUAUCGCCUUGGACCGUUAGGGUUCCUCAGCCUUCCAGACGCGGGAGUUCCCGGAAACGCGGGCCUGAAGGACCAAGUGAUGGCUCUGCGUUGGGUUCAGCAGAACAUUGCGCGGUUUGGGGGCGAUCCCGGUAACGUCACCAUCUUCGGGGCCAGUGCUGGAGGGGCCAGCGUGCAUUAUCACAUGUUGUCUCCCAUGUCGGCAGGGCUCUUCCACCGCGCCAUUAUGCAGGGUGGUUCAGCUGUUAACCCAUGGGCUUACGAUGAUCCCCCUGCUGCUCGUAGGAAGGCCUUCCGGCUGGGAGAGAUGCUGGGUUUAAAGACUGCAGACCCCAAGGAAUUGUUCCAAUUCCUCCAAAGUUUAUCAGCAAAAGAAAUUUUGACAGGCUUGCACAAGGGGCUGACGGACCAGGACACUUUCCUGCUCGUUCUGUAUUCAGUACCCACACAAGACAAUGAGAACGGCUAUGGAGAAGUUUUCCUUCCCGACUCUCCUCGCUCUCUCCUCGCUAGAGGCAAGUUCUCUGAUGUUCCCCUUAUUGCUGGCAUCUCGUCGCACGAGGGCAUGCUCAUGCUGAAUGCGCUCCUGAAGAAACCACAUCUUCUCACUUUUGUGGAUAACAAUUUCCAUCUCCUACUUCCCACUACCUUGGAUGUCGCAGACAGAUCAGAUGCCAUCACGGAAAUCGUACAAAAAGUGAAGCAUUUCUACUUUGGAAACAAAUCCCUUUCGAAGGAAACACUGUCUAACUAUGUGGAACUCAUCUCUGAUGUUCAGUUCGCCAAUGGAAUCAACUACACCAUAAAGCAGCACGUAGCAUUUUCCAAGUCUCCAGUUUUCUAUUACCACUUUGCGUUCGAAGGAAACCGUGGAUUACUGAAGAAUAUACUUGGAUUUCAGAAUCUCUCAGGAACAUGCCACGGGGAUGAGGUCGGAUACCUCUUCAAUCCAUCGGUACUGGAUCGAGCCAUGGAUCCUGAGUCGCCGGAGGCAAAGAUGAGUCAACGUCUCGUCAAACUGUGGACUAAUUUCGCCAAAACAGGAAAUCCAACGCCUGGGCCUGACCACGUGCUGGAUGUGACCUGGAAACCAGCCACAACAUCGGAAUUGGUGCACCUGAAUAUUGAGAAAGAAAUGAGCAUGCGCCACAAUCUUAGAUCGGGAAGUACAUCUUUCUGGGAUGGCAUAAAUGAGACUACACCAGACUCUGUCCGGCAGUUGCUGACUCGCAGUCGAGCCUCUGGUGCGAGCAAUAGACGAAUGUUUAAAACCGUGAGGUGUGCUCUGUUUGCAGGAUUCGACUGCAAAUACAGCAACACUGUUCUCUCUAAACAUACACAUUUAUCAAAGGAUUGCGCAAACAAAAUUCGGUCGUGUGUGAUUUAUGGAAUACUGAGAAACAUGUCUGGGACAGUGACAGUUGAUGUGGCACAGGGAUCCCUGAGAGGCAAGGAAACUACAGCAAAAUCUGGCUUAAAGUACUACAGUUUCAAAGGAAUACCUUAUGCCAAGCCCCCUUUAGGACAGCUCAGAUUCAAGGCUCCACAACCUCCUGAACCUUGGAUAGGUGUCCGGGAUGCUUUCAAAGAAGGCCAUAUUUGUGCGCAAAAAGAUCCAGUGCUCCAGGUGUUCAGGGGAGAUGAAGACUGCUUGUAUCUGAACGUGUACACCCCCAUGGUCAGAAACACUGCUACACAGACAGUUGACACCAAGCAGAAUCCUAACACAGAAGGGCCCUUAAAGCCAGUUAUGGUCUGGUUCCAUGGAGGUGGGUUUGUUGGAGGAUCAGGCAACUCAGAAAUAUACGGACCUGACUACUUGGUCGCUGAGGAUGUCGUUUUGGUCACACUUAACUACCGCCUAGGACCUUUUGGUUUCUUAUGUUUAGAAAAUGAGGAAGUCCCUGGCAAUGCUGGUCUUAAGGACCAAGUAAUGGCUUUGAAGUGGAUUCAACGCAACAUCAGGCAGUUUGGAGGAGAUCCUGAUAAUGUCACACUUUUUGGGGAGAGCGCUGGAGGCUGCAGUGUUCAGUAUCACAUGUUAUCACCCAUGUCAAAAGGACUUUUUCAUCGUGCUAUCUCUCAGUCUGGAACAGCUUUCCACUGGUGGGGAUUCAUGAAUGCAGGACGGGACAGAGCAUUUCGUCUGGGACAGGCACUGGGGUGCAAUACCAAUAGCCCUGAUGAACUACUUGAGUUUCUUCAGAAUGCCCAAACAAAAGACAUUGUAGAAGCCAUUCCCAAAGUACCAUCAAAAGCGGAGAAGCGACAGAUGGUUGUGUUCUUAUUUGUGCCAACUGUGGAUAAGUUCGCUGCAGCUGAUGAAGUCUUCCUGCCAGCCCAUCCUUAUGAUCUGAUCAGUACAGGGAAGUUCCAGCAUGUGCCAUACAUAAUGGGCGCCAACUCAGUGGAGGGACUGAUACAUCUCCAUGAACUUACUGAGGCUAGGAUGAAGAAAAUUGACAGUGAUCUUCAGAGUGUAAUACCAAUUGAUGCACCUGUCACGUUAGAUACAGACCACUCUCUUAAUACUGCAAAGAAGCUGAGAGAAUUCUACCUUGGUAGCCAGGCCAUUUCAGAAGAUUCUAAAGCACAAUAUGCAAAUUUAAUAUCUGAAUCAUGGUUCACCUAUGAGACUUACAAAUCUGUGAAGAUAAUGUCAGCACUGUCUACUGCUCCAGUGUAUUUUUAUAAGUUUUCAUUUGAUGGACAUCUUGGAUUGUUCAAACGGCUGUUAGGACUACAGGAUUUUAAAGGUGUCUGCCAUGCUGAUGAGAUAGGUUACUUGUUUCAUAUUGGUAUGUUAGAUUUGGAUUUAGAUCCGUCUUCACCAGAAUUCAAGACUCUGACAAGAAUGGUGAAAUUAUGGACCAACUUUGCAAAAACAGGGAACCCAACCCCUGAAAUAACACCACUUCUUGAUGUGACUUGGCACCCAGUGGAAAAGAACAAAUCAAAUUACUUGAACAUAGACACUACUCUAGCCAUGCAUGAAAACUAUGAGCAAGAACGUAUGGCUUUAUGGGACUCUGUAUAUAGUUCAACAGAUGAAACAAAAUCAAAGUUGUGAUAUCACUGUCAGUAUUUAUUCACCAUUACGUUGGUAUCAAUUGGCAGAUUUUUAAUAGGCACAAUCCUUUAUGCAUUCCAUGUUAAUAUGACAGUUAUUAAAUUAGCAAAUGCAUGUUUCCCCCAUUAUCAGAUAGCUGUACUUCAGUGUUAAUGCAGGGAAGCUUGUACAUUCAUCUUUCCAAGUUCAUAAUUUGGUUUAUUUGCUGCUGUGCCCCUAAUAAUGCAUUCUUGGAUGUACUUUGAAAAGUUUCCCAUAAAUCUUUCCACAGCUUCUCAGUAUCUGACCUGUGCAUCCUACAUCACAGUCAUGACUGUCCAUGUCUGGUACUUGUACCAACAACACCUUGAAAUUUUUCCUCUUUUUUCCUAGUAUUUUUCCAAUGACCCAUUCCUCCUGAAAUACAUGUAAGUGAUGUUAGCCAUGUAAGCAGAAUUGUAAAAGCUCUAAAGAGAGAAAAUAAUGUAAUAUAUAAUUCACUAUAAGGGCACAUUCAUACAGACUGUCUGCAUCAGAUACACUUAAUGAAUUUUGCUCUUUGCAAUCAUCUCAGGAACAUAUCUCUUAAAAAUGUGGAAGCAUGUUUUUAUGUUGUGCAGGGAUAUUUCAUAGAGAAAGUGAGAAGCUAGGUUUUUAAUGUGCAGCAGAAUGCAGCUCCUUCUGAAAUCGGUACCGUUGUUAUGUAAUCCUCUACCACAAAAAGGUAGUUGGAAUAGACAGUUCAUAUAAACAGCAAAAUUUGUUGUCUGUUAUGCAUAAACUACAAGUGUAUGAAAUGUGAAUUAUAAGUUACUUUUAUAACAUAUAAAUUUAUAUCUAAAUUA